AUGAGUAAACUUGUGAGCAGAGAGAGGGGAUCAACUUCAGAUAUUCAUGAUAAAUAGCAGUUAGAGUCAAUUAAUAGCAUUAACUUUAAGAAGUAACUUGAUUAAUCUGAGAAAAAAUACACUUUUGAUAACUCUAAUUUACAAAAGAGUUAAAAAAAUGAAUUAGAGAAAGAAUAACUCAAACAGUAAAAUAAUUAGAAAAUGUAGCAAUAAUAGAGCGAAUAAAUUUCAAACUUAAAAGUGAGAAGACAAAAAAACAAACUCAAAAAAUACUAUCGACCAUUGGGAGAUGUAAACUAAAAACAAACUGAUCCUUAAUUUUCAGAAAAUAAUCUAAUAGCCAAAAUAAUAAACCUAAAAUAAAAAAGUUAUGAGUCCCCAAACUUAUCUUUUCUUCAUAGAUCUGAAUCUGAAAAAAGAGCAAUUAUCGAUUCAUAACUAUUGAGGGUUUAAAGGAUACUUAAGGUCACUGAUAUACCACCCUUAAAAAAGAAACUAUCAAGGAGAGAUAAAAUUCUCGGGACAUAAAGUGUAAAGGUCUAAAUAUUGGACGACUUAAAUGAAAAUUUAGAUGAACAACUAGAUAAAAUAAGUGAUGGUGAAAGCAGAAUCACAGAUCAUUCAGACAUAACUGAUUCUAAUAGAUCUAGUAUACCUAAGAAGUCUUUGAGAGAAAAUUAUAGGAAAAAGACAAACUUUAUUGGCAAUCAAAGCCACAAGAGAUUUAAUAGUGCUGCUAUAGAUCUUAAUAGUUUGAGUCCCAAAUUCAAAAUUAAGUACAAGGAAUAACAAUCUCCUGGAUUAGAUAAAAAAAGAAUAACUUCAUUGACAGAUUUAAUAAAUGAUGGGCAUACUGACACUUAAAGAAGUAAGCAAUCUUUUGAAGAUGAUUAAAAAAGUUUCAAGGCGAUGUAAUCUUUCAAAGACUUACAAAAAGGAAUUAGAAAACAGAAAUCAUCAAUGGAUAAAACUACAAUAUCAUCAAUACACAUUCCAGACAAUCUUAGGGAGUUCAAAGCAAAUAAUAGACCUAUUGGUACACCAUAUGUGAAAAUUAGAGCACCUUCUUAUCAAAUAAUAAGACCAUAAAGUUAGUAGCAUAUGAGUUACUAAGUCAUGAUAAAAAGUCCAGUUAAUCUUUCAUAUCAUGAAAUAUACUAAUAAGACAUCAUUCCUUCAGUUAAUGUAGUACAGUCUAUAGAUCCUCCAAAAUCAAAUGUCUUAGACCUUUACAAUUAAACUGUUUUAAAUUACCUGCAAUAUAAAAAAUAUGAGAGUAAAGCACAAAAGAAAUUUCUGGAUACAAAGCCCCCAUUGCCAGGGAAAAAUAGUGGAGGACAUGUUAGAAACUUUACUGAUUAAAUUGGGAUUAAGUCAUUUGCAAGUACUCCUAGCAAGUAAAUAACACCAAUGAGAUAAACUAUGAAUAGUAACGAAAAUAACCCUUCUAUGAAUUCUACUUAGAAACAUGAUUAGUAGGUGUUUUUUAGAUAGGGAACAACCAAUGUUCAUUUUUCGCAAAGAAAUCAAUUCAAUGAAAAGAAAUCUAAGAAUACAAUGAUUGAGAAUGAUGCAGCAACUCAUGUAAAGGCGCUAUAAGAAUUGAAAUAAAAAUUAAAUGAUUUACUUUAGGAUAACUAAAAGUAGAUUGAAUAGAUGAAUGAUGACAGCAAGUUUUACCUAGAAUGUCGAGAUUUAGUUAUGGAAGUGUUCAACAAAUUUGAAAGAAAGUCAAAAAGAGUUUAGAUUUUACAUAGCAAAAAUUAAAUUAACAGAAAUUUCAGUGUAGUACCUCAAAUCUAGAAGAAUAGAUAUUUAACUUCUCUUGAAUAAGCAACUUAGGAUGAAAACUUAUCCUCUGUAAAAUCUUCAAAAGGAUUUUCUAAAUUUAACACAUUUAAGCCAAAAUCUAACUCACUUUUGCAAAGUUCUGACAACAUCAGUGUAAAAGAGAGUAAUAUUGAUCUUAUUCCAUUAAUAUACAAUGAUAAAGAUACCAAUAAGACUAUAGUUAAAUUUGAAGCCUCUAGCAGAGAUUAGAAAAAAGCAUAACUAAUAAAACAGCUACAUGAAGUAAGAUUUUAAAAGAACAAAAUUGCUAGAGUUCUCGAAAGAGUACUAAUGAUGUAUGAUGUUAUAACUAAGGAGAGAUUUGAAAAACAAAGAAGCAAGGAUUCGACUCCAAGAACUAUGAAUAGAAUGGACUAAAAAGUAUCCCAUCUUUAGCAACUAGUUUAGAUUUGCAUAACUAGAUUCAAUAUUAUUAUUCGGUAGAAAACUAAGGUACUAGAUGACAUAUUCUAAAUGGCUUUACCGAUUCAGAAAAAUCCAUUAGCAAGAGCAUCCGAAAUGGCUAAGAUUAAUAAUGAAUACUUAGAUUCAAUUUAAGAGGAUGAAAACGCUUAUCAAUCCAAAAUUAAUACACUCGGACUAUCAGGAGACCUGAACGAGAGGCUUAAUUACUUGAAUUUGAUGCAUAAAUCUCUAAAUGUUUUCUAACAAAUGCUUGCUAGAAAAGUAUAGUAAAUGCAAAUCUCGCAUAUAAAGACUAAGAGAUUCAGCCCUAGAAUGUGCAUUAAGCCUUUGUCAAUGGAGAGUAUGAAUCUAGUAAUAGAAGAUUAUGAUCUUGGUAAAAAUUAUUUCGAGAAAAAAGAACUCUCUCCUAGAUAACACAGGCAAAGAAAGAAAAAAUAGACAGGAAAUUAGAAUAUCAAGUUAUAAUUCUUCAACACUAUGAAGAUAAAUAAGGUUUCAAAUCUAGCUUGA